GACUUGCAAAUUAGCAAUAAACCGAAAUUAUACGAAGUCAUGGCGAACGCGACCAUAUCCCUACCGGCGACCUGAUUAUACACCAAAAUACGAUCACGAUUCGUCAAGAAGAGCGAUGUUUACCUAACCUUUAUUUUGCUUUAGUCCUAGGCCAAACAUUAAAUGAGACUAGCUGACAUAACGCGGGAAGAAGAGUACAAAAGAAAGUGAGGGAUUUGUUUAGUCAGUCGAACUGUGCUGUUUGGAGAGGACGAAACUACGACCAGUCAUUCUAUAAAAUAUUCAGUGCUAGGAAAUAGACAGAGCCUCGAGAAUUCUAAUAAGAUCGUUAACAGAAGUAGAUCCAUUUACCGUCGUUUCAGACUUGGUCAUCAGAUAGCGGACUGGGGAGGGGAGUAGAGGACUACAGGGGCAUCCAUUGGUUUGUCGCAGUUGACGAAAGAGCCCAAAAGGCUUAGCUGGGUAAGACUAUUAUUGAAUCACCUAAUAUUAUGUUUAUAAAUUACAUAAAUAUUCUCUCGCUGCUUUAAUCGAGGGAAACCAGUGGUACUUCUUAAAACAGGGUUUGUUUUUCGGCCAUGUUUUGUUGUUUAGUGAGAGGAAAAAGCAUUUAAUUUUUCGUCGUGAAAAGUAUGCUUAAUUUCUUUCUUUCACUGUAAUAUGCAAGAGAUAAGGUUGCAUAUGGCAUCAUCACUGUUUACCGUACGUUAUGAAGGAAUACUCUAUCGAUGUCAUCAGGGCAUUUUCAUUAAAAUAAAUCUUUGUUCGCAAGAGCAAAAAUCUGCUGAAGCUAGCGACGAAAUUCGCAUUAACCCUAAACAUUCUUCAAGCAUUCGUCAGCGUUCGCAAAUCAUUAUUGUGUGCUUUCAGUAGUUAAACUUUUCAGUUAGCCUAUCACUUUUUUAGCUGAAACAUUCAUCUUAGCUCUAUAUUGACAAAUAGGUUGUUAUUAUUAUCAGUUUGUCGGCGAAAGGAAGAAGCUCGAAUUCUAAACCAAUCUUCCGAUGCUUGAAGCAGUUUACCUCUAUCGAAAUCACUGCAAAAACUUUAAUGGAAAAAUUCGGGUAACUUUCAGUUAAACUCUGUUAUUAUCGCGUGAAUAUUUUUGUCAGUAUCAACACACGAUACUCUAUCAGUGUUUUCCUAAUGCCUUUUUUAUCCAGAAAUCUUCGUAGGCGUUUGUUCCAUUGUGAGCGUCGGAUUCGGGAAAGCCUACACACCAUAGAGUUCAAAAUGUUCUAACCAAAAGAGAUAUUGAAUUUUUCAGAAGGACAAAGUUGAAACGUACUUUACAAGCCGAUCAUAAAUUUUUUUGUCAUCCUUUCAGGCAAUCGUAUCUAAGGGCCUCUAAGCAUCGUGUCUAUGUUCAAUGCAGUCUCUGAUAGAAUAAAAAGUUUAACAGUGUUAGAAUGAAGUGGUAUAUCUUCUCCAAAAGAAUUAAAUUACCAUUCUAAGAUGCGAAAGUUGAAUAAAAAGUUUAACAGUGUUAGAAUGAAGUGGUGUAUCUUCUCCAAAAGAAUUAAAUUACCAUUCUAAGAUGCGAAAGUUCUUGAAAACGAAUGGGGUUUCAUAUUUCUCAAUUUGGGGGCACAAUUGUGUUUUGUUAAUCGUUCGUAGCCCUCGAAAAAGGCAUGCUCUCAACCAUCUCUCUUUAGAGAAGGUUCAAAUGAACUUUAUCCAGACAUUUAACAGCUAUUUUACCAGAAGAACGUAAUAGAAAUUGUACUUGUUGAAAAGCCCGGACACUUGAAGCUGAAAUACAACGUUGUUUUCUUCGAAAAUCCAUAUCAGAAGACAAUUUGUGAAUAAUAUAGCUAACACCCCCACGCUGGAUGGUACAAAAUUGCAACUAUUCGUUUAAAGACCUGUGUACCCCACUUUUUAUAUGUUGCCAUCAUUCUUCUAACUUCUAAAAGUCAUUCCGAGCAUUCACAACGCAGUCAAUCAAACAAGGCUAAUUACACAUCAGGUAAACAACUAGCUGUUUACAACAAGCCAGCAAGCUGUUUACCGACUCAAAGCCCUGUUUAUUGAAGUCAAACCUUACUGUUUACUUCUACACCACAGGACAAUGUUGUGUGUUUUUGAGCAAUAACAAUCACAUAUAGGCUAGUUGCUAUACAUCUUUCCUGAAAAAGGUUCAUGUCGUUAAAUAGCAGUAGCGGCAAAUGAAGUCAAGGAGCUUAAGCCCCCCCCCCCUCAAGUUUAAAGUUACCCCCUUUAUCAACAUCUAAUAUUUCUCGCCUUCCUUAAUAACGUCGGCAUGGUCUUCUGAUUAACUUUUGAUUUUCUUACUUGGCAAAUAGUUUAAACAUUCUACGACCAGCAAUUUCGGAGUACAUUUUCUUUGAGGAAUUUUUUUCCUUUAAAUAACACACUUUAUAGAUGCUUCCAAUUUUACUAUUUUAUAAUUUUGUGCCGUUGGCAGGGCUCACGCCACCAUCUCACUUUUCUGCGAAACAAGUAGUUUUAAAACUGCAGUAAAAGAAGAAAGAAGCCUUGGUCCUCUACUUUUGCUAGCCUUGCCCCCACCCACUUUCAAAUGGUGUGGGCCCUGAGUUGGUACUUCCUCGUUAGAAGUUAUGUGAACAUCACCAGCUUAAAGUUUUGCCUCUGACAAUGCAAAAAACUAAGGAUUUUCAGAGGACGGCCGUUUGGUAGGGUCUUAGAGGGUCUUUCAGACGACGAAGACGGUGCUUUGACGUAGGAAUUUUUAUUUCAUCGGAUUAUCUUCACACAACCUUCUAUAUCCUAGGCACAUUUUUUAAAGAAACAAAAAUUGACUUUGAAUUCUUCAAUUUCUUAACGUAGAAGGGCAUUUUAAAUACUUGCCGUUUAUUUAGCUUGAUGAUAUUUUCUUUUUUGCUUCCUUUAAAGUUGUCUGUUAACAGUUUGUGGAUUUUUCGAAUACGUUUUGUUAUUUGUGUCCUAAGUGUCCUGAAUUUUAAGCCAACUUUCAACUUUUUAAAAAAUGAAACUCUUUUUUCUUCGAGUUUCUUCGAAUGUUUUGCUUCGAGCCCUGAUGAUUCUUAUUGUCUCUCGGAGCGGCCAGUACUCCUUUUUUAUAAAGCAAUUUUCAUCAUGUAGAAGCAUGAGUUUAGAGACAGAAUGACUUUUACACUUCUUUACUAAUCAUAAGACAAAAUACGCAAUAAUAAUACGUCAUAUCUUUUAGCAACGCCGUAACUUGCACAUGUAUGAAAAAUACCGCUUAAAAAAGAGGGUCUUAUAAAAGUUUUAGUUGAUGAGAAUUAUAGUUAAGGAAUAACAGAUUAGCUGAGUGCAAAACCUUUCACGAGAACGAACAUUCCUAUUAAAUCCUUAAAGAAAUAGUAGGCUUCAAAAUCAUGUUCUGUUAUGGGUUCGCUCAGACAUGCAUAGAGACUUGCUUCUGGGAACAAAAAGCUUUUAUCCCACCCAAGGCCCUUGGGAUAAGCGCGAUCUUUAAGGAAUGUCGGGCAGCAGCUUAAACUUCUUAGGACAAACUUUAUUUUUAAAUGCGGGACCAUAACAGUAUUUCAAAUCCGUAAAGAGAGCACUUUGGUUUAGCCGUGCCACAAGAAUCGGCUUAACUGUUCUCUUAAACUGAGAACAGUUUUUAAUGAGUUUCUUUGAUCUUUCAAAAUUUAAGCAGAUGUAAGCAUUAGCGUAAUUAGCUCUUAGUAACGAGAGAAAAAUUUAGAUGAAACAUGAAUAUGGUGCCAGUAGAGUCAGGGAACGCGGAAGCGGGGAGGGGCGAUAAGGGGCUUUAGCCCCCCUAAAAAUUUCCAAAAUGUACUUCAAACCCUACAAAAAACACCUUGCUCUUGUUUUAGCAUGUAUAUCCCCCAAACAAAUGUUUAGCCCCCUCAGUUUGUAAUAUGCUUCGCGGUCCUGGAGUAGAGUCAGUUGUGUUCGAAUCAUUUCUGCAAUUCGCUCUUACAAACAGCCUAUGUGAUUUCCACGAAAACAAUAGGAUUUCCAUUGAUUUUAAGGUAAAAGAAUAGGAUUUCCAGCAAUGGUGUACGAAAUUUUCAUGGAUUGAUUUGCCUCUUGCGUUAGCCUAUACAUGUUCGUAAUCCAUCAAGGAUCUUCGCCCACUUCCUUUUUCGACUAAUUUCGUAACUCGGUAAUUCUUUAAAUACAUUCCCGAUUAUAGGUGGGGGCGUACGCAUGCUAAAAUUGGCAAAUGCUUGCUAAAAAUUUGCCAGCGUUCUUCCUGGGUGUUCUGUUUCACAAUCUAGCAACAAAUCCGCUUACAAAGUCCAAUGAGUGACUCGAUAAUUGUAUUCCUUGAUAAUUUUAUCAGAAAGAGAGAGGUAUUUCAUUUUAACUUGUUUGUUGCCGAUGAAUUUUGCAUUCUCGUACCAUCUAUUAUAUAAAUGCCAUAACGGCAUCAUUUUUCAAAACACAUAACUAACUGACUAAUACACGCGGUAACCAUUUUGGGGUCUCGGUCAAAAAUAUAAUGACCAAUUCAAAUUCUAUUAACACCUCUGUGUGAUAUUCAAAGUUUGUCACUAAACACGGUCUGACUUUUUGUCUUCUUUGCAACUGUUUGUCACUAAAAACGGUCUAACUUUUUGUCUUCUUUGCAACUGUUUGUCACUAAACACGGUCUAACUUUUUGUCUACUUUGCAACUGUUUGUCACUAAAAACGGUCUAACUUUUUGUCUACUUUGCAACUGUUUGUCACUAAACACGGUCUAACUUUUUGUCUACUUUGCAACUGUUUGUCACUAAACACGGUCUAACUUUUUGUCUUCUUUGCAACUGUUUGUCUUCUUUCUUUAUAAACUCCUGGCCUAUCCUCAAGGCUCAUCCAGAUCCCCCUGGACUAGAAGUAUCAAUAAAUGAUGCCAGAAGUUUUCCCAAGGGGAGCAAAGUAUGCUUAAUAUUUCCUGCACUACCUGCUGAAUUUCUGAAUAUAAAAAUGCUAAUCAUUUUUUGUGAAUAUCGAUUCAUUAACCAAAAUCGGUUUGAGACAACUGUUUCGUAUGGAGAAUAAGGUUCAGACAGUGGCCAAUGAACUAGAUGGCAGCAUGUUCCAGGUCUUAGCCAAAUAAUCGUAAGAACCAUCAUAUUACACAGCAAACUUCGAAAGAGCUAACAUGACCUAUAGUCGCAUUCACUUACAAUUCAAGUACAUAAUGACGAAAAAGAGCAUGUGACAGCUUGCAUUAUCAAAGAGAGCAAACACGUUUAACAAAUUUACACAGUUGGGAAACGGAAAGUGAAUGGAUGUAUCAUAUAUGUAUAAAUUACAACCAUGGACUUUUUGGAGUCUUUUUCAAAAGUAGACUAUACCUAGAAAUAGAUCGAUUUUUGUUUUUUCAGUGUAAUCAGAGACAGCAAAUUACUGUGACUGUUUAUGUGGCUCUUUCUAAUAACAGGCUCAACCUUUUCUGUUCUUUGAAUAAUGUCGGUGAUUGGUUUUGGUCAGUGUUGCCGGGAAAUUUUCCAUGUUUCUAGUGAUAAUAUUUUCAGUGAUAACGAGUUUCAAAAUCUGUGAGAAAUAAUUGAUUGGCACCGCCAUUUUUUUUACUUCCACUGCAAUCCCAAUAUUUGACAGAAAGUUGGUCUCCUUGCCCGCUCUCCCAUAAGAAUUCCAUCGUCGUGACCUCCCGGUUAAAGUACCAUUUAGCUUUUACACAUACAUUGGUGUAUCUUUUGUGUAUAUAAGAUGAGUGUGUAUUUCUGGAGGUAGAAUAUGCAGCGGAGUCUUUUACUGAUGAAAAUAAUCCCUAGUUCUUCUUUUAUUUUGAUGUGAAAAUAUCGUGUUAGAAUUGGGCCUAGGGUCAAUUCUCUCAUGGGAAAAUUGCAGUUCUUUCUUCUAUGGAAAACGUGUUUUGAGGGAUAGGCCCAUACCUGUUAAUGCUGCAAGAUCACUUCUUUUCUUUCAUCACAUGAUGUAUGUUGUUAUAAUUUCAUGCAAGGUGGCCGAUUACUCACAAUGCAGUGGAUAACCCCAAGUCGUUCAUCAUGAUUUUUAAUCUGUUGCUUUUUCCUUGUCUAAAUAUUAGCUUAAUCUGAUAGAUCGUAUUCUAAACUCAGCCGAUCAAAAUGUUAUAAUGACACAAUUCGUUUGCUUUGUGAAAGUAAAAGAUUACCGCUCUGUAGAUAAAUCGUAGUAUAUGAACUUUGUCUCGAUUACAAUUCACCCAAUAAUUUCAAAUUAAGUAGGGUCAGUAGAUUACAAGACAUAGUUACUCAGCUACAUUAUCACAAGUGUGAGAAUUUAGAUAUGAUGGUUUAGUGGUUGAUUGUGAGAAUAAAGUAGCAAACUUUCCUUGAAAUGGUGAACAGUUUCAAGCACUUCAAUGCAGUUUUGGACCUUUAUACCUUUUCAGAAACGGUGCUAACGAAGGUGCACCUUUUUCUUAGUUUUCGGGUAGCAUUUUUUUCCUUAAUGUAUGGUUUCAAAAACACAUUGAUACGAUCAAAAACGACGAAAGUUAGUAAAUUCAAUUGAAACAUAAUGACUUUGUCGCAGAAACGACACAUAAUAUGAUUUUGUACCAGAACGAAAAGUAUUGGCUGAAUUAGAUAAAAAACGGGUAAACGGGUAAUCAGCAUAGCGGGUGAACAAACAAAGAACCGGUUCAUAAAAUACCAGAAAUGAGCAAUAGUGAGUUGGUCUCAAUUCACUUCUUGAAAUAGCUCAUAGUAAGGCGUUUUCAAGUGCCUGCACUUUGGUGCAAGUGCCCUCGAUAUCGCUCGCGCACAUGGUUCAAUGCAUGGCCACAUGGUGGCAGAUUCUUUCUCGGCCCAGUAUCUUUGGUUCCUCGUAUAGUGAGUAAAUAUAAUUAACACAUGAUAUCCAGUGGUUGCAGAAAUCAAAACAUUGAAUUUAUGAAGACUUUCUCUGGAAUGUCUUCUUACUUUUAAGUGGCCAAAGCUGUCUCAGAAUCAGUUUUUGUUGCUAAGCACCUGCCCUACUUGGAUUACCAGUGCACCGAGGAAACUGACAACAGAAUAAACCCUUAUAGGCGAGUUCGGAAGAGCUGUACUGUGGUCAUUUGCUACAUAAAUGUUAGGUUUAAACAUUAUCAACAAGAUCUGUGGGGAUAGUUUAUAAAAACCAUAUAGAGCCUUUACUGGAUUUAGUUGAUCCGCGAUCAAACUAUUCAAGAGUCACAUAACAUAAACAGGGGAAUUAAAGCACUGUUCAUUAGACGCGGCUUAACAAGAGGUGGGGCGAUUCCAACGCUAGCGGCUUGAUAUCCUACCAUAGCUCUUACAUGCAAUUUAAUACUAACUCUCUCUAAAAGUCAUGGUUGGAUUACUUGUAAUAGUAAGGAGCACAAUCAGUGAGGCACCAUCUGAAUGGUUUUGCUUUGAGAAAUCCGUUUUGCUUUCGAAGGGGAAAAUUAGGUGCCUCUGGCCGUGUGCUCUCGAUACGUGCCCAUAAGUUUCACAUCAGCAGAGAUUCGGGUUCAUCGGGGUUCAUCACCACUUUCAACUCUAAAUUGAUGACCUGUGCACAAAUUCAUAAGCAAUUGCCCCAAUUUGUUUUCUUUUUUCAUAUCAGUGCGUUUUAAUGAUCGAAAUGGCGUGGAAAAUGUCCCUAAUGGUUUUGUUCCUUAUUUAUAAACGUUGUAAAUUGUUGAUUUUAUCCAAAGUCUUAUUUCGAAAGUUUUUCGUAGGAAAUCCUUAUGCACUUGAAGAACUCUGAUAGAUGUUCUGUUUUGAGCAUAGAAAUGCAAUUUCAAAAGGCACUUUUCAGUGACUUGAAAUGCAAACAUGCUUACUUACUUACAAAUACGCAGGAAUGUACCUUUCCGAGAUAAAACAAUAAAACUUUUUGAAAAUACAAACGACAGUCGCAGUCGUGUCCGUUCAGGCAAGAAUUCAAAGUCGCGGCAGUCGGAAUUAUGAAUGAUACUGCGAGUAAAUAUGUGUUUUCGGUAGAACUUUAAAGGUAACCAACGUUUUACAGAUAACUUAGCAGCUAGGCCAAACUUAGUUUUCGGUUCCUCUGAACUGGUUCUGAUUAUCCAGCUAGCUGCAAUAUCGGAGCCAUAUUUCUAUGAUCGGAGCCCAGGCACAUUCAUGAAACUUACAAAGUUUGAUUAUCUUCCUGAUUAUCUAAAAUAUGACGUGUUGGUAAUAGGCAGUUAAUGGGCAAGUUUAUCAUUAUAGAUAAUCGAUACAACCCCCAAUAAGUUCCAAACUGUAUUAAAUUUAUUAUAAAUUAGAGUGCUGAGGGGGUAUUAAAUAAAUGGACAUCAAUGAGUGCUUCAUUAUGUUGAAAAUGUGUGAAAAUUAUCUGCAUUGAGACAGGUUUUGAAUUCUUUUGUUGGUUUGUCGAGUUGAAAAGCAUUUUACCCUCUUCUGCCCCCCCCCUCACUACAACUGCAAAGCUGCGUUCGAUUUACUUCAUAACACUGUUACAGAGUAAUGAAUAGGAAGCAACUAAAUAAACAGCCCUCCCCCCCCCUACGUCCUCCUUCCCAUAUUAACAUAUACAAAAAUAUAAAGACAUGCUUUGACUUAUAUGUCAGAAAGGGAAUCAAGUGUACAUUCAUAGAACGUACAAUUGUUGCAAUCUAUCUCUCUAAUAAUCUGAUAAAGAAAUUUAUCCCUUGUUCGUGUUAGACUCAUUUUUUAUAAGAAACAAGGUCGAUGUUGAGUACUCCAGUUUCUUAAUGUUCUGGAAAUUUCAAUAUGCAAUUGUUUCUUAAGAGUUUCUUAAUUAUGAUGUUAUGAAAUGUUCGUGACCUUUUUUAUCACGUCAAGAGAUUUUCUUCCGUUCUGAUGCUGUAUUUAGAUGCUGGAAGUAUAUUUUUAUCCCUUGUGUCUUAAAUUCUAGGCCAACAGGGCAAUCUUUACAAAAUUUCGUUGUUCUCAGUUCUAUCACGACUUAGUAGUUUCUUAAUUUUUUGCUUCGACUACUGGAGUUUCUUAAUUUUUUCUGACUUUCCAGUACUCGUUUCUUAUAACCAGUUUCUUAUAAAGCGUAUCUUACUUUGCCUUGUUAGUGAGAGUCUAGACUCAGAAAUCAAAGAAGCCUUGCAAAUUUUGUACUUAAGACAUUGCACCAAUGCUAGCAGUUUCUUGAAAAUCUUCGUCUCUAGUAGAUCAUGUUUCCCUGAAACAUACCAGUGGGUUGGACAAAUGGUAUAAGGGGGCUGGAAUUCGUUAGUCACGAACGAGUCUUAUGAAGUUUGUGAGGAUGUGGUCACUAGCUGCUUUACCACACAAAAAGUUAAUUCACCCAUCUCGAGGUCAUAAUGCAAGGAUUUCUUUCACAACUAAAUACGUAACUUCCAUUUUUUAAAGUUUGAACAUCUAAAGGUAAGGAAAAUAGCUCACAAAUACAGAGUAAAAGAAAGAUUUCAAGAAACAAGUAAGGAAACUCGUUGUAAAGAUUGCCUAUACAAAUAAAGGUAAAAUCACUAAAAUUCUUUGAAAACGAUUGUAAACACACAACCUUUUGCAAGUUUGUAACUACAGGCUUUUCAGCUAGGCUUUCUUUGGAAGUCUUGAAGAUAUCAUUGGGUAAAUACCCUUGUCUUUUUCUCAUGUAAUGUGUAGUAUAUAAGGGUUGAAAAUGUUUCAUGCUAUCGUAUGCAUUUAGUUAUCUUUAGUUAUCUAAUUAGCUAUCUUGCCAGAAAGCUGUUUCUUUAAAGAAGGAGAAUUGGUAUCACAGUCUCUUAACCAUUUGUCAAUUAUGAAUUAAAAGCUUUCGUUUCAUCCCAGUCAAGUAACUAAAAUUUACCUUGAGAUUCGGGACUGGAGACGUUACCAGGACAAGGAGAGAGUCCAGGGGAAGACCCCGUAAAAAACUAAGACUUAGUCUGCUACUUGGUCUGUCAGAUUCCAGUGGAAAGUGAACAACGCUGGUUAUCACAAAAUAAAACUUUCUUUGCUAUCUGUUAUUAUAAAGAUUUACACAUAAACAAGCUUUGAAAAAGUUGCUUUUACUGUAAUCAGAAGAUAAAUCAUAUCGGCAUUAUCACAAAAUAAAAGCAGAAUUCAUAAGUAACCGCAGUAUUGAAAUGAUAAACAGCCACCAAAACUUUAUUCGAUCAGCACUGAGUAUUGUGUACUGCACAAGGCCUAAAUUUUUCUUCGGCUGUUAGCAGCAAUUCAACAUGUGUUUAUAGAAGCGCCUAGUUGAAAAGAGACGGCUGCAGUCAAUUUUAUGAAAGAAAACAUGAGGAGAUUAUGUGCUCGUUACGAAUUGCCUUCAAAAACCUUGGCCAUGGGUAUACAUGGAUUUAGCGAUAAAUAAACCACAUGUGAUUCGCAAACACAACCAGCGAAAAACUCGUUUUCAGUUUAUUGCAUAUUUGCUAUUGCCGACUUUGUUUACUUUUCCUAAUGCCAGCUUAUUAAAAGCAAGCUUCAUAUAUGUGCAUGAUUUCAUCGAUCGUCUCUUGUUAUUGGACAACAACGUAAACGCGAAAUCAACCCUAUCCAGUCACGACUCCCAACAUUCGACUACCUUUUGAUGGCGCGUCAUUGUGGACAGACUUCUUAAGGUAUCUUCUAUCCCUAAGUGUUUCUGUUUCAGUUCUGGAGAACAUUAUGUUAGGGUGCAUUUCGUGUAGUUAAAGUUGACAAUCAUUUACAGUUGGUAGAAGCCUUUGACGUAAGAAAAUCUAUGAAACAGACUAUCGCGAAGAUUCAUUAGAGGUUUGAAAUAUCGGUAAAAGACAAGGGCGGCGAAGAAGAUAGGGUGCUCUUUUGAUGGAUCUUGUGACAAGGAGCCAACCGAUUGAUGCCUUCCAAAAAGAGACAAUGCAUCAGAACCUACUCCCAGGAGAUCAACUGCUCACGUUUGCACAGCAAGUCUCGUUUCCAAAUUGGAAUGCAAUGGUUGGAGAUUUAGGACUAAAGUUUGCACGACGAAAUAGCUUGGAAAAGGAAGAUGAAAAUGAGAAAAAAGUUCCCAAUUGCGCUUUUCAAAAUGAUGUUGGGGACCGAAAUGAUAAUGAACGUAACGUAAUUGACAAAGAUAUAACUCAACGGUUCAAAAUUGUUUAUGGUGAAAGCCAAGACUGCGAGGUAUCUUCUCAGCCUGAAGAAAAACAAGUGACAAAAAUUCAUAUCAGUUCAGUUUCAAUCGUGCUUCGAAAUGGCCAAGAAAGAAAGCCAGCAAGUCAGAGAGUGGUUGAGAGUAAAGUUCUUGAAAGAGACGCCAAACGAGAAAAUGAAAAAUUUAGAAUCGAAAAGGAAAACUUACAGACUGAUAGGAUGGAGGAAGUAAAGGAUAGCUGGGAAAAGGUAGAUGAACCUAAAAUGGCAAAAGAAAACAAAUCUAGUAGCCCGGUAGAUAAAGAUACUGAAGAAAUAAACAGAAAGAACGUUCUUAAAAGGUUAAAGAUCUUGGAGAAAACAUUGAAUUGCGUCGAAGAAGUAAACAACAGCAGAGAGGUGAAACGAGCAAUCGACACAGAACAACAAACAGUAGAGGAAGAUAGAUUCUCUUCAAAAAAAUUCGGUGAAGAUCUUAUGUCUAUCAAUAGAAUGCGGCAAAGGUUGGUGAAGCGGUCCAGUGGACUUGACGCAACGCAGCUAACUCCAGAGUAUACUCCAAAAGAAGAAAAAGAAAAUGGUUGUGACAAAACUCACCACAAGAACCGUAUUCGUAAAAAAUCCAGUUCUUUUAGCGGAGCACUGCCUCUUCACGUAGACAAAGAGAGUCAAGAGGUUGGCACGCCCAAUCUGGUUGAACGACACAAUUUAGCGCAGCGAAGGCGAGGAACUGUAGAUAUGGGGAGGGUUGAAGUCCACAAGCAUGGGUCGUCAGUGAAAGAAAAGAGACACAGACAUCAUGAUAAAAAGGUAGAUCCCAGCCAUUACUUGAUGACCAAUGGCAAGAGAAGGGGUAGUUAUAACCCUACGUACAACCAGUGUAAUCCGGCAGUCAAUAAUGGAAAAAGGAAUAACUCGCGCGCAAAAUCUUUAUUUGUUUGCCAAGUCGACGAGAGAGCUGCCUUAAGAGACAGGCUAAUGAAACAUGCCUGUCCUGAAUUACGAGAGUCGCUUGAACGAGACGAUGAAGAAAGUGAUAACAACCAUAUCGGGAAAAGCUCUACAAGUGACUCUAACGCACAUAAUUGCAUCCAGAAACCCCGUGAUAAGAAAAACCAUGAAGAGGACGAAAAUCACCAUCGGAUAAUGGCAAGAAAAGCAGCAAUCAUCCCCAGUUCUCCAAAGAAAAUCGAAAAUGAUCGACCCAUGUUUACGAACUUUCAUGAUAAUGACCAUCGAAAAUUAGGAAAGCCAAAAGGUCUGUUCAACAAUGGACAGAGACGGCAAUUUAUGAGGAGUCAAUCAAAUUUCGAAGGACUACCGUCUAUGUAUCUUAAGAAACUGCACGAAAAAACCGUAAUGAUCGAACAUGAACGAAUUUCGCGCUCAGAAUCCGACUCCAUAUCUUCAGCCUCGUCAUCAGAAGGAGGGGAUCCAACGGAUCAAUUUCCGCUGCAUAAUGCGGCCAGAAGUGGGAAAGUUAAAUUAUUGCAUAAAUGCAUAGCCGAUGGAAUGAAUGUGAAUGCAACGGAUGCUGAAGGGUGGCCUCCUGUUCAUUAUGCUUUAACAUCAGGACAUUUCGACUGCGUUGCAACACUGUUACAGGCAGGAGCAAACAUAUCGGACUAUACCAAAGGAAGAACCUCAAAAUAUUUCAGAUAGUUUCCUUAAAAUUAAUAAGGGCAUAAUUAAUGAUAGCUGGUUUUGAACAAGAAGGGUAGAAAUUUCUAGGUCAAUUUUCUCUCGAGACCUGGUUUUACCUUAUAUGAGUUAUACUGUAAAUUAAUUGUUUCGAUGAAGUAUAAGUCAAGAACUAUGACCAGUUAUGCAGAAAUGUAUAUGAUUUCCGUUUUUUCCUAGAGAAAGAUAAAUCUGGUUUUAUAACAGAAGUCCUAAAGCUAUUUACCAUAGAAAGAGCGCAAUCUAAGAUAAAACGUAUAAUAGUAAUACUUAGAUAAUACCUUUGCAGUUUGAACGUCAUUGCAGAAGAAUAUUUAGCUUUCAGUUUCUCGUCCUUCUUACUCUCUGGAUUUUUUAGGGAAGGUUAGAAGUUUUUAGGAAUGCGAUUGUUAAGCAACAAAACCACUAAUAAAGAUUUAUCAUGACCCUGCUACCUCAUGAUAUGGUAUCAAGAGUUAGAAUAAGCGCAUGUAAAUAUAAAUAGAUGUGGGCCAUUCUUCGCCUAAUUGAGUGUAUAUGCAAGCAAACCAUUAUAACCAAAACAGUUGCCUUCAGCUUUGCAUUCUUCGUUCUUUGUAGCUGAUGUGAAUACAUUAGCUUAAGAAAUCGAGCAUUCGCUCUACACGACCUCCCCUUCUACAAAGAACCCCCUUUUUAUUGAUCAUAGAGAAAUUAUCAACUCCCAGGGGUGCAGUGCUAGGAGAGCUCAGGGGCUGAGCCUCCCUUGUGAAUGCCGAAAAGUAGCCAAUUUUUACUUUUGCUAUUCUUCUUCGCAGCGUUUUGCACAAGAGCCCCCCUUGUUACUUUGAUAGCACUACACCCCUGUCAACUCCCGUGCUAGUACAACCAACCACUACCAUGUUAGGCACCAAAGAGUAUUAUUUGUAUGCAGUACAUUAAACAAACGCCAAAACGCAAUUUUGCUAGCGAGCCUGAAGGUAACUAUACUAUAUUACAUCGUUUAAGAUGAUUUUAAGCAAUAUUAUCACAUUCACCUCAAUUUAUUCAAAGUAUUUAUAUCAAAUGCUUGUGUCUCGGUCUUUAAAUCAAAAUUAUGAACGAAUAAUUAUAUGGCUUAUGUUGGCUACAUUUUAAUAGAUACAUGUAUGUAGAAUUAUAAUAACAUGACAUUAUUUACCAUA